GCUUUUGAUUGGAGGCCAACUCCCCUCUCAUCCUAUUCUUCAAGCGCUCUCCCCCCUUCUCUAGAAGCAGCCAGUCAGCAGGAGUACUCGCUCGUUGCCAUCAUCACGAGCUAGCUCGAUUAAGCACAGAUAGUGCAUCAAUGGCCUCCACCGCCCAGCUUCUCGGCCACCUCGCCGGCUCCACCGCCACAGCCAGCCUUAGCUUCACGCCUGUCAGCGGCGGCGGCAGCAGCAAGGUCAGGUUCCUGCCGGCGACGGCGCAGAGGCGCCGCGUGGUGGCGCGCCCGCGGGCCGCGGUGUCCGGCGCGGAGAAGGAGAAGGCCAAGCCGGCCGAGUCCGGAAGCAAGGAGGACGAGCGCGUGGUGCAGGUGCACAGCGCGGAGGAGUUCGACAGCGCGCUCCAGAAGGCCAAGAACAGGCUGGUGGUGGUGGAGUUCGCGGCGAGCCACAGCGUGAACAGCAAGCGCAUCUACCCGUGCAUGGUGGACCUCAGCCGCACCUGCGGCGACGUCGACUUCCUCCUCGUCAUGGGCGACGAGUCGGAGGCCACGCGGGAGCUGUGCCAGCGGGAGGGCAUCACCCAGGUGCCGCACUUCUCCUUCUACAAGGGCACCGAGAAGGUGCACGAGGAGGAGGGCAUCGGCCCCGACCAGCUCGCCGGCGACGUUCUCUACUACGGCGACAACCACGCCGGCGUCGUGCAGCUGCACAACCGGGCGGACGUGGAGGCGCUCAUGGCCGAGAACAGCGGCGAGGACGGCAAGCUGCUGGUGCUGGACGUCGGGCUCAAGCACUGCGGGCCCUGCGUCAAGGUCUACCCCACCGUCGUCAAGCUCUCCCGCUCCAUGGCCGACACCGCCGUCUUCGCGCGCAUGAACGGCGACGAGAACGACGCAUGCAUGCAGUUCCUCAAGGACAUGGAGGUCGUCGAGGUGCCCACCUUCCUCUUCAUCAGGGACAAGAAAAUCGUGGGCCGCUACGUCGGCUCCGGCAAGGGCGAGCUCAUCGGCGAGAUCCUCCGCUACCAGGGCGUCAGGGUCACAUACUAACUAAGGGAACCACCAAGCCAUCACCACUCACCAGCCGAAUUAAGUUGGAUCAUCCCUAGUUCCCUACCCUACACAGUCACAGGUAGCAGUAGCAGCACAAAUGAAUUGAGAGACAAGCAAUUGAUGCUUCAUGUAAUUCUAUACUAUAUAUACUUGUUACUGCCGCAUCAAUCGAUGCUAUAGGUUCAUAUUUAGACAUUUUCAUCAUGCUCUUAAUUACCUGGUAUUGGGCGCCAAUCACAUACGGUUAUAGCAGUAAUAGAAUUUUCGAGUGCAAAUUGUAAUAAGUUUAUUAUAUUGUUUUUACUGUGAUA